UACGCAAUUAGAUCUACAGUCUUUGUAAAGCAUUGUUGCGAUUAACCUACAUAGGUAUUAGACAUAACAUACCAUAGACAUAUACAUACACUAUAUUUGUUUGAAACACAUAUACAAAUAUUUCGACGAACGAUGGAUUUAAUAAUGGAUAAUAAUAAAGUGUUUAAUAUAUUAAAUACGAUCUUGGUUACACGUCGUUGGAAUGAUUUAUACCAGAAUCUUAAUCCUAUGGUUUUUGGUAUUACAAAACCUAACCAACUAUACAAAGUCUUAGUAAAAGUAGCUGAAUUAAUUGUAAGCGAGAAUGACGAUACACCUGAUAAGGUUAAAAUUAUACUGCUAAAAAGCAUGGGUAAUUCGUGCCUAAAUACGUACAUUCAUGGAGAUUAUGAUAACGAGAAUAACGAUGAUAAUGGAAAAUAUUGUAGAAAAUUGUAUGCUAAAUUAGCCGAAGAAUAUGCAUCUAAAUGUACACAACAAUUGCAAGAAGAAACAAACACCUAUUUCCCAUACAACGGUGUUGCAGAGUGGACAAUAAAUUAUAUUAUUUUAAACUGUAACAUUGCAUUGUCGGCAGAACGAAUAGAAAUAUUAAGAUUAUGUAUCCAAUUUUUAUGCAAUCUUUAUUCGUUUGCUUGCGAUGAUAUUAAUUCGAUGCGAUGUAAAAGCAUAAAGAAUCAUUUCAUCAACGCAACGUUUCAAAAUGCUCUCAUAAAAUGCAUAUCUUUGGAAGAUAUGUCUGUAGUCAAAGUAGCUUGUAUGUUUGUACAUAAUACACUGAAAAUAUUUGACCGAGACAACUUUAUAUGGAAGGAUAACAGCUAUGUGUGUUCUCAACUGUUAAUAAGAAUCACAGAUUUAGAAUGUGCGAAGGAAGCAUUGUUAUGUCUGUUGAAUCAAGCAAAUAUAUUUCAAAGCGUCUACGAAGAUAUUGACAUGGAAAAUAAGUUGAAUUUACUUCAAAUAAUUCACGAAGAAGCUAAAGAUGUUAUUUAUAAAAAGAAGAAAAAUGACACAAGCUUUACUUUUUGUCGAAAGCUUAAUAAAUAUUUGUCUGAUCGUUUUUGCAAAAGGAGCGAUCUUAUACUGAAAACAAAAGACACGUAUUUAGAUAAUAAUUUCGAGCCAAUGGAAGUAGUUAUUCUUCUUGAUAUAUUGGGAGUGCUUACAUCUGAAGCUACGGAUAUACUUUAUGCUAUUCAAGAAAAUAGAAGUCUUCUUAUAAAUUGUUGUUACUUGUUGAAAUCUAUGCAUAUGUAUGCCAGAGAACCAGAUAACAAUUUUAGAUUGAUACAAAAAUUGAGCGAAGUUGCACCAUCUACGCAAAAUAAAGAAAAUGAUUUGGAACGUCAUCCUGCUUAUGGUUUUAAAGCGGGUUUGAUAAGAGUCAUUGGGAACAUGUCGUAUAAGAAUAAACAAUGUCAAGAUAUUAUUUAUUUGAGAAAAUAUUUGCAUGUGGACGGAUAUAAUGACUGAUACAAGCUACAAUGUAAUGAACAGCAUUGUAGACACAUUAUCCGCUCCGAGGGAAAACAAGUAAUGACGUCAAAGACGUUUAAUAAUCAUGACGUCUAAGACAUCAAAUGUACCCAAGAGUUUCUUUGGUUUGACGUCUUAAACACGUCAUCCACUUCUAAGGGAAAAAAGUGAAUGACGUGUCUCAGACAUCAAAUGUAUCUAAGGGGUUAAUAUAUAAUGUCGAUAAAUUAGGUAUCUUCUAUAGAUGAUAAUAAUG